ACUCUCUCUCUCUUGUUCACUCUCUAUUUCUCUCGCUUCCUCUAUCUCUCUCUCACUCACUCUUUAUUCCCCCUCUCUCUCUCUUUCUCACUCACUCUCUUUCUCUCACUCUCCCUCACUCUCUUUCGCUCACACUCACUCUCUCUUUCUUCCUCCUCUCUCUCUCUAUCUCACUCACUCUCUUUCUCUCACUCUCCCCCACUCUCUUUCGCUCACACUCACUCUCUCUUUCUUCCUCCUCUCUCUCUCUAUCUCACUCACUCUCUUUCACUCUCCCUCACUCACUUCCGCUCACUCUCACUCUCUUUCUUCCUCCUCUCUCUCUCUCUCUCUAUCUCUUUCACUCACUCUCUUUCUUUCUUUCACUCUCACUCUCUCUUUCUCUCACUCUUUCUUUCUUUCUCCUCUCUCUCUCUUUCUCACUCACUCAAUCCUUCUCUCCAUCCUUCUCUUUUCCUCUAUCUAUAUUUAUUGUCUGUCCCUUUCACUCUCUCUCUCUUACUCAUUCUCUCCAUUUCUCCCUUCUUCUCUGUAUCCCAUUUUCCUCCUCCUCUUUGCACUUUUCAGAUCUCUGUUCUCUCCCCCUCUCCCCUCCCUAUAGAUUUUUCCCUCCCCUCAGUCCCAGUCCAGCUACUUUUCUACCAACAAGUUACACACAUUACAGGACCUAUAGACAACCAGCGUGUAGGGUCCUACACAGGAAAAUCACUCACAUGCCUCAGGGAGACUAACGUGCAAGCGGGGGACAAGGUGACCCUCCCCUCACUAGUGAGAGAGAACAGAGGAGCAGAAGAACAGAGGUUUUCACAAGCGAAGACAACUGUGUUUCUAAAUUGGUUUUCCAACUCUACAGAGGGCACCAGUGGACAAUGCUGGCAGCUAUGUAUGGCAACUGUAUACUGAGCAUCAGACCACAAAGUCACUUUUAACCAGACUAGAGAGAUCAUUUCAAGUUGACCCACAGAGUUGGACAUUUCAGUCAAAAGUCCUCCAUUAAAGAAAGCAUAAAGGUACUUUAAAUAUAUACAAAUUUAUUUCACAUUCUACUGGAUGCCACAACAAAGCACAACUACAAACCCUCUAGACUACAAAGAGGCAGGCUACCAUCUGUGGCUUAUUGCAGGAUCCUGACAGUGGAGAGGACAUCAGUUUUUGAGCCAUAGGUCUUCACAAAAGGAAUUUAUGUCGUCUGCUUCAUCCAAUACACAUCAUAGGCCAGUCACAAUGAGUUUUGGGAAUCUUCCUGUCAUCAAAACUCUGAUGUCCCGCACCAAGCGUGGACAACGCAUGGAGCUAACCCCAGACAUGAUAAGCCCCCCACUUGGGGACUUCCGCCAUGUCAUGCACGUAGGCCGUAAAGGAGAGGUCUUUGGAGACACGUCCUUUCUUAGUAACUAUAUGGAGAAACGAAGACAAAACCGAUGGAAUUACAUCACCCACAAAUUAAGCCAUGCAGGGUGGAUUAAUUCUGCAAGACCAUCAUUUAGAGGUAGAACCGAGCAGUCCACGUCUCCACCACCGCCUCCUAUCUCCCCCAUCAUUAAGAACGCCAUAUCCUUGCCCACACUUGCCAACCGCAGCUGGGAUGAUGGGCGGGAUGAGGACAAAGACAUAGAUACACAAGACAUCUGGAAUUCCAUCUCCGAGACAAACAGCCCAUAUGGAAAUCCCUCAGGAUACAGCACUCUCCCACGUCUCCCCAGGUCUGAGGAACCAUCAGAAGAUACCAGCUCUCAUCAGCUCGAAGAGGAUGGAAGCAGCGCCGGAAUAGGAGAAGGUGAAGAUGCCAGCAUUUGCACUGUGCCCUUGGAGCUCUCAAGCAGCCUCUGGCGAUCUGACUCCAUGGAAUCAUUUGUGAUAGACUUUGGUCCCUCCCUCAUCAGUCAGAUCCUGGGAGAAACAGAAGCUCUACAGAACAGCCAACAUGAAGAACAAGGCAGUCGCCCGACCUACACCUCAAUCUCCAAUAAAAGCGAAAGUGCAGAAAACAACGACUGGGAGCACUUUGAGCCCACUUAUAACAUCCAGGAACCAGAGUCACUUUCAUCCAGAGAACAAACCCCUGUAAUGGAAGAAAUGGAGGUAGAUACAGAAGAAAAUGUCAGUGUCCUUCACCAAAGGCCGGACGCCAUACGUGUUUUAUGGGACUCUGAUGAGGAACCUGCUCUAGAGUUAUAAAAAAAGGUGCAGCUAUAAUAUCAAGAAAAAUUGACAUUUGUAGGUAAUUUGAGCUACAAUCUCCGACUUGUAGCAAAACACUAAUUACCUAACAGUAAGGACUGACUCACCAAUGACAUUAUUGUGAUGGAGCAGACACAGUGUUCCCCAACCUAUAUAUAUUGUAUAUAUAUUGUUACAAUGUUACAACAUACUCUGUAUCAAGUUACUGCCAAAUUUCUUUUUUCCACCUAUUUUAUUUUUUUUUUAAUCUUAAACUGAUGGUAACCCCUCCCCUUUUUAACCCCUUAAUGACCACAGCACUUUUCCAUUUUCUGUCCGUUUGGGACCAAGGCUAUUUUUAAAUUUUUGCGGUGUUUGUGUUUAGCUGUAAUUUUCCUCUUACUCAUUUACUGUACCCACACAUAUUAUAUACCGUUUUUCUCGCCAUUAAAUGGACUUUCUAGA